AUGUCAAGGCUUGAACGUUUGGUUGUGCUGUUGGACACGGGGUCUACGCCCUUUAUAAGGAACACAGCUGCAGAUCAACUGGUUGACCUCGCAAAGGCGCACCCAGAGGAGGUGCUCAACCUGCUCAGUCGUGUUUACCCGUACCUCAACUCGAAGAAAUGGGAGACGAGAACCACCGCUGCAAGGGCGUUUGGUGGUAUCGCGUCACAGGCUGAGACCUGGGACCCAAACGCUGGCGAUGAGACGCCUGUGAAGCUCGAGGAGCUUGACGAUUCGCAGAUCAAGCUCGAAGAACAAGAGAUGAAGUACCUGAACGACUACAACAACUUCAUCUCGCUAGACCAGUGGAACUUCCACGAGAUCCUGAAGUCUGGGAAGAAGCUGCUGUCCUGCUCGGACAGCGAUUCCGUGGCACCAGCACGCACACUGGCGAGCAUAAAGAAGCAGAAGAUUGCGGUUAAAGUCGAAGUCAAGAGGGAAGAGUCCUCGCUGGAGCCUUCGAUGCCUCCUUCUGAUACACGUUCAUCUUCCGCGUCGCCAGCACCCAAUGCUACGCCAACUAUCUCAAGUGCAAGGCUCAAGGCAAUGGCAAAGCGGAAGGCUAAGAUGGCAACGAAAGGUGGCCUUUCAAAAUCCAAACCAGUGGAUCUAUCUCAGAGUUCUGUCUCGAGAAAAUUGGUUGAUAGUGAUGCAUCGUGUACUGGUUUGCAGAGUGCAAGAAGUGUUCAGUCACCAGGUAUGGAUAUAACAACACAAGCAGGUGGUAAUAAACUGGUUGUUGAGACCAAGGCACCUGAAAUUCCACCAAUCUUAGCAGAACAUGCGAAAGUUGCCGGUCUUGUAUGGCCUUUCCAAGGCGUCUACGAGUUGCUCGUUGCAGACAUGUUUUCUGAGACAUGGGAAACGAGACACGGUGCUGUUCUUGGUCUUCGUGAACUGGUUAAGAAGCAUGGCAAAGGUGCCGGAAGAGUCAAAGGAAGAAGCCUUCAGGAAAAUAACCAAAAGAACAGACAAACGUUAGAAGAUCUCGCAUGUCGUUUGCUGACGCUUUUCGCUACAGAUCGAUUUGGUGACUUUGUCUACGAUACCGUAGUUGCUCCAGUGAGAGAGUCUGCUGCUCAGACACUGGCUGCUCUUUUGGUACAUCUUGAUAACGAUCUCGUUGUGCAGAUCUUCAAGCAUUUAGGUGAUUUGGUACUUCAGAAUACUGCAGCUGGUGAAAGAGUGCCAUGUUGGGAAGCCAGCCAUGGAGGUAUGCUUGGUCUGAGGUACCUAGUGAGUGUUCGAACAGACAUUUUGUCAGAGAAACCAGAGUUACUAGAUGAUGUUUUGAGAAUGGUGCUACACGGAUUGAACGACUCUGAUGACGUUCAGGCAGUUGCUGCUGCUACACUGACCCCAAUCACUGAUGAAUUCAUUAGAAUAAAGAGAGACUCAAUCAAGGACGUUAUCACCACAUUGUGGAAUUGUUUGACCAUGCUCAAAGACGAUCUGUCUGCCUCUAUCGGUGCGGUUAUGGAUUUGCUAUCAAAGCUUUGUAUCCACCCUGAAGUUCUAAACAUUAUCAAAGAGGAGGCCUCUGAAAACGAGGAGUACUCCUUCAAGAACUUGAUUCCAAAGCUAUAUCCAUUUCUGAGACACUCCAUCACGAACGUUAGAAUGUCAGUGUUAAGGACUUUGCUUUCAUUCUUGUCCAUUUCAGAUAAGUCAUCGAAGGCUUGGAUUGACGGCCAUGCCAUAAGGCUGGUCUUUCAGAAUCUACUAUUGGAGCAGAACCCCGAAGUGCUGGUGUUAUCACAACAAGUUUUUGUCAAGCUUGUUGAAGAAGCCAACACUCUGGACGAAGCUCACUUCAGUUCAAUGGUUUUACCUCAUAUCAAACCAAUCACCAACUUAUUGAUGACUCCAAUCGGUGUAUCUCGUUACAACUACACGAUGCCACCUCACUAUCUGUUGAACCCCUCCGGUACGCCUUUUGAGCCUCUUCCUCCUCCAGAAGAACAUCACGGUCGUGGACGCAAGAGGAAGUCCCCUCCAAAACCUGACCCUGUUAUCCCACCACCAGAUGAUAAUGAGCGUGUCAACAUUGAUGGUCCGAUGAUCAUUGGAGAUAUCACGCUGUUGGGCGUUGAAGUUUUCUACCGCACACGGAUUGCUAGUGCCACUGCGUUGGGCCAGAUACUGUCCUACCUGGACCCUGAGUCGUUGGAAUCAACUGUGCCUCUCUUGACAGGUUAUCUGUCCAGUUCACAUUCCAGUCCAAGGCUUUUCCUUUCAAUUGUUAUCAAAGAGUACUGUGGUGCCCUCUCUGGUCGUGGACUUGCUCCUUCUGAAAUCGUUGUGUCCAGUUUCUAUGAUUCAUUCUUUUCUGUUUUGAAUGAUCCUUCUUCUCUCCCUUACUAUAAGGAAUUGGUGCCAACAUUGAAAGCCGUGAGAACUCAAUGCCAUGCUUUGUUUAGAGUCUUCAUCGAGGAAGGCAACAUCUCCCAUAACAAGGUGCAAGACCUUCCAGUCGUUGUCCAAGGUGAAGCUGAUGCCGGUCCUGGUGCCUUUAGCCUUGAAGUGGCCGAUACUGUCAUUUCUGAGACGUAUCCUAAACUUCUAAGUCAUAUGAGCAACAUGUACAAGAUGAGCGCACAGAAGGCACUGGAGGAUGCUAAAACAAGACUCGCUAAUGCGAUUGAAGAAGCACGUACCCUGAAGAAUCAGAGAGCCAUCCACAUCCUUUCUAAUUACGCCUCUGCUGCGAUAUCUUUGAAGGAUCUGCCUAAAAAGUUGAAUCCGUUCAUCCGUUCGCUGAUGGACAGUAUCAAGGCUGAAGAGCUGGAGAUCUUACAAGAACGCAGUGCUUCUUCAAUCGCAGAUCUCAUCGGCAAGCUGGUGGCUUGUGGAAAGGUCAACGUUUCCGACAAAAUUGCUAAAAACCUCUGUGGAUUCAUCUGUGUUGAUACCACUGAGGUUCCUGAGUUCAACUCCCUCAGAGACGUCAAGGACACUAUAUUGUCUAUACGGAAAGAAGAGACUUCGUCAGCUGAUUCGGAGGCUUACAACGCUGUCAUCCAUGAGGCAAAGGUCAAGAGAAGAGGUGCACAGUUUGCAUUGGAUGAUAUCUUGACUGCAUUUGGUGAUGAGGUGUUUGACAAAGUUCCACAACUCGGGAAGUCCAUCUUUGAGGCCUUGAGAAACCUUGAGAGUCCAAUACUUGGAGAAGUGGAUGAUACUGUUGGACAAGCAAUCAUCGACGGUCUUGGUAUCUUGAAGGCUCUGUCCGCUUCCUUUGCCAGAGACCUUCUUCCAAGGCUUAUUGAGCUUCUGCCAUUGUUACUGAACGGCUUGAGAUCAUCACUGUCAGUCUUCAGGUACUCUGCUGCGAAGACCAUGGCUGCACUUGCAAAGCUUGCUCCUUCCAAGGUUGUGCCCUUCAUGGUGAAAGAAGUGCUCCCUCUGUUGAACAACGCAGGUGAUGUCUCGGAACGUCAAGGUGGAACUGAGGUUGUGUACCAUCUUUCCAAGGCCAUGGAGGCUGAUAUUCUGCCAUAUGUGAUUUUCUUCAUUGUCCCUGUGUUGGGCCGUAUGAGUGAUUCUGACAAGGACGUACGUGUGCUCGCUACUAGCACUUUUGCAUCUAUCAUCAAGCUGGUUCCGUUAGAAGCUGGUAUUCCGGAUCCGGAGGACGUUCCAAAGGAACUUCUUGAAGGAAGAGAGAAGGAGAGGGAAUUCAUUCGUCAAAUGAUGGAUCCAUCGAGCUCAAAACCAUUCGAUCUUCCCGUGUCUAUUGAAGCCACCCUUAGAAAGUAUCAGCAGGAAGGUGUCAAUUGGUUAGCGUUCUUGAACAAGUACCAUUUACACGGUAUUCUUUGCGACGAUAUGGGGCUAGGUAAGACCCUUCAAACUAUUUGCAUUGUUGCAAGUGAUCAUCAUUUGAGAGCUGAGGAUUAUAAGGCUACGAAAUCAAUUGAGACUAGACCUUUACCGACGCUGAUUGUUUGUCCGCCUAGUUUGACGGGUCAUUGGGAACAAGAGUUCAACCAGUACGCCCCAUUUUUGAACGUUCUUGUUUAUGCUGGUGGUCCAUCUGUGAGACAAGGUCUACGCCAUCAGUUUGGUGAUGCCGAUAUCAUCGUUACUUCCUACGACGUUGUUCGUAAUGAUGUCGAGUUCCUAGGGUCUAAGGACUAUAACUAUUGUGUUUUGGAUGAAGGACAUAUCAUCAAGAACUCCAAUUCAAAGCUAACUAAGGCCGUGAAGAAUAUCAGAGCCAAUCACAGAUUAAUCUUGUCUGGUACUCCUAUUCAGAACAAUGUUCUUGAACUGUGGUCUUUGUUUGAUUUCUUGAUGCCAGGGUUCUUGGGUACUGAGAAAAUGUUUCAAGAGAGGUUUGCUAAACCAAUUGCAGCAUCAAGAAACUCCAAGACCUCUUCGAAGGAACAAGAAGCUGGUGCAUUGGCUUUGGAAGCACUUCAUAAACAGGUGUUACCUUUCAUGUUGCGUCGUUUGAAGGAGGAGGUGUUGUCUGAUUUACCACCAAAGAUCAUCCAGGAUUAUUACUGUCAACUUGGUGACUUGCAAAAGCAGCUGUACAACGACUUUGCUAAGAAGCAAAAGAACGUUGUUCAAGAGGACAUCAAAACCGCAGAUGUUGCAGAGAACAAGACUCACAUUUUCCAAGCAUUGCAGUACAUGAGAAAGUUGUGUAACCAUCCGGCGUUGGUGUUGAACGAGUCUCAUCCUCAGUACAACGAUGUUCGCAAGUACCUUAAGCAGACUGGUCUCGGUCUUCACGAUAUCAAGCACGCACCAAAACUGAUGGCAUUGAAGACGUUGCUGCUGGAAUGUGGCAUUGGUGUACAAGACGUUGACAAGCAGAACUUUGACACGGACAACAUCAUCAGUCAACACCGUGUCUUGAUUUUCUGUCAAUUGAAGGACAUGUUGGAUAUGGUUGAAGAAGAUUUGCUACGUAAGCACUUGCCUUCUGUUACCUUUAUGAGACUAGAUGGUUCUACGGAUCCUAGGGACCGUCAGAAAAUUGUUCAGAAGUUCAACCAAGACCCAUCUAUUGACGUGUUGUUAUUGACGACAAAAGUUGGUGGUCUCGGGCUGAAUUUAACAGGUGCUGAUACGGUGAUAUUUGUGGAACAUGAUUGGAAUCCAAUGAACGACUUACAGGCGAUGGAUAGAGCCCACAGGUUAGGCCAAAAGAAGGUUGUUAACGUGUACAGAUUAAUCACCAAGGACACCUUGGAGGAAAAGAUUAUGGGACUGCAGAAGUUCAAGAUGAACAUCGCUUCCACUGUUGUCAGCCAACAGAAUGCUGGAUUGGCAUCGAUGGACACAGGCCAGCUUUUGGACUUGUUUGAUGUUGACCAGUCUGGACAACAAGAACAGAAUGAAGAUGUUGAAAGGUCCACCAAGACGAAUGGAACUGGUAGUAAAGCCACGUCUGACGAUGCCAUUCAUGAAUCUGGUCUCUCCGGAAAGGCCGGUGCCAUUGUCAACGAACUAGGAGAGUUGUGGGACCAAUCUCAAUACGAUGAAGAGUACAACCUGGAUACCUUCAUCAAGAGUUUGAAGUGAGAUGAGAAACACAAGAUCUCAGUAUCAAUUUAGCAUUAUUGUCACAACUGCAUAGAAAUGGAACAUCCGGGUUCAUUUUUUCAAAUCAUUAAUGGGUUACGAAAUAAUAAUUGAGUG